GCGGCAAAGGAACGGAGCGCAUCGCGCCACGGCACGAACUCGCCACUAGCGAAACGAUCAACCAGUCAUCUGCGGCCUGCCCACCACAACGCGCGCUUCCUUCGUGCCGGGACGAAGCCGGACGGAGGUCGGCAGCCGCUGCCGCCUAGCCAGCAAAUAGCCGGCUUCGUUCCGUCCGUUCGCGGAGAAAGGCCGCGACAAGCACGGGAAACAGCGCCGGCAGCCGGGAAUAUACCCGCUCCGCUGCCGCUCGGCCACUCCCUCGGUCUUCUUCCCCAGCCCAUCCCGCGCCGCUCGCUGCUGCCGUGCCGUCUCGCGCCGCGCGGCUCACACAUCCCAUUUCCACUCCCCCAAACCAAACCUCCCAAAACCCACACGGAAUCGCGGGCGCGAGCAUGGCGGUGGCCUCCACCUCCAUCCCGCCCCUCCCCGUGGCGCUGCCCGCCGCCGCGGCCCGCUUCCUCCCGCUCCGCGGCCGCCGCGCCGCAGACCCGCGCCUCGGUCCCGUCGCCACGUGGAGGAGGUUCCGCGCGGAGGCGAUUAAGACGCAGCGGGAGAAACAGCAGACGGAGGUGCCCGUCGAGGAGUCCUUCCCCGCGAGGGAGGCCGCGCCGCUGGACGGAGCGGACGACCCGAUGGUUCCAUCGGAUGAGGGCUGGGUGGUGAAGCUCGAGCAGUCGGUCAACAUUUUGCUCACGGAUUCGGUGAUCAUGGUACUCAAUGGUGUUUACCGUGACCGGAGCUACGCCAGAUUUUUUGUGCUGGAGACGAUUGCUAGGGUGCCGUAUUUUGCAUUUAUAUCGGUGCUUCACUUGUAUGAGACCUUUGGCUGGUCGAGGAGAGCUGAUUAUAUAAAGGUUCACUUCGCUGAAAGCUGGAACGAGUUCCAUCACCUCUUGAUCAUGGAAGAAUUGGGUGGCAACGCUUUAUUUUUUGAUCGUUUCCUUGCUCGGUUCAUGGCAUUUUUUUACUACUUCAUGACUGUUGGGAUGUACAUGCUGAGCCCAAGAAUGGCAUAUCAUUUUUCUGAAUGUGUGGAGAGACAUGCGUAUUCAACUUAUGACAAGUUUCUCAAGCUCCAUGAAGAGGAGUUGAAAAGACUACCAGCUCCAGAGGCAGCUCUAAACUAUUACCUGAACGAGGACCUUUACUUAUUUGAUGAGUUUCAGACAGCAAGAGUUCCAUGUUCUAGGAGGCCUAAAAUAGAUAACUUGUAUGAUGUGUUUGUCAAUAUAAGAGACGAUGAGGCAGAGCACUGCAAGACAAUGAAGGCCUGUCAAACGGAUGGAAGUCUUCGCUCUCCUCACUCAACACAGAACUGCUUAGAAGCUGAUACGGAAGGUGUAAUACCCGAAAAAUGAUUGUGAAGGUAUUGUGGAUUGUGUCAAAAAAUCCCUUACAAAGUAAAGACCGAGACCUGUAUACAAAUUUUUGAUGAUAUUCCUUUUGUUUUCCAUUUCCCCUUUAAACUAGGAAAUAGUCGUCCUUCUAUUAUUUGUUUUUACCUUUGUGUCAUACUACAGAAGUCAGUGUAGAUGCAAUUACACGACAUCAUCAAAUAUCUUACGUUUGAAAAGAUUUCAAUUCGGGCCUA